CCUCAUAAUUAUGCCUAAUAUUGCUUGUGUUUUAGGCUCAAAAUGGCAUUCACGUCGGAAGAUAUUAACCCCUGCAUUUCAUUUUAAUAUAUUGCAGCAGUUUAUUGGGAUUUUUAUUCAAGAAGGCAACGACAUGAUCAAGUCUUUGAAAAGUACAGAAGGCGCAGUUGUGAAAGAUUUAAUGCCGUUUAUUAGUGAACAUACGCUGAAUGCAAUAUGUGAAACUGCCAUGGGCACUUCUUUACAAGGCCUUGGUGAGUUCCAACAGCGAUAUCGAGAAGCCGUUCAUCGGAUAGGCGAACUUUUGGUUCAUAGGUAAUUUAUAGUUAUAAUACAGGGUGAUUCA